AUGUGUGUAUCAGGUUUGGCAGGUGUUGGCAGCUUUGGCAGGCUUUUCGGGGUUCUUGGCCGUCGCGCCAGCAGAAAACCGCGCCGGGCAAAAAUAGGUAGCGACGACAAAGCAAACACGCCUGCUUCCUUCUCCAGCAACUUUGCCCAAGAAGUCCCGCGAGGCGUCCAACCACAUCACUCGAUUUCCAUCCAUGGCAAACAAGACCAAAAACAGAUCUUUCGCUCAUUGAGAAGGAGGGGGAGGGGAGGGGGAGGGUACGGCGAGCGAAGCGACACCAGCGACACCCGCUCUUCACCUUUUCCCGCUCUGCUGUCUCGCCGUAAUCUUGGUCAACUUUGCCCAUCCCAUCCCAUCACCCCCCCUCUCGGCCAGGGCGAAUGGGCAAACGCCCAAACGCCCACACAGGGCUGCAAACCCAGCCGGCCGUGA